AUAGCAUAUAAUGAAAUCAUAUCUGAUUUUGGAGUUAAUAUUGAAUUUAGUAGUUCAAUAUAUGAUCCUAAGUCUAAUAGAUUUAUAUAUAAUUCUGAGCCAACAUGCGAUUUUGUAGUUACUACUAAUAAAAAUAAGGAGAUUGGAUUGGAUAGUUCUAAGAAAAAACUGCGUGAAGAAAUAAUUUUUCUAAGUUGGGAAGAAAUAUUUGAUACAUUAAAGUUGUAUUCUCAAUAUAAAGAGUUCAAAUUAAAAAAGAACAUAGUAAGAAAAACUCUGAUAGAACUAUACGAAAAUAAACAAUACUGGUAA